GUUUCUUCACUGGUAUUCAGCCUUUCGUGAAUCUUUCCUCUAUUUCCCUAGUCGAUAUGUUCAAUAACCAUUCGAGAUACCGCCUUCGCACCAUGACCUGAUACAUCGUAUCAGAAAUCCUCGAAGGCAUACUCUCAGUACAUGUAUAUGUUCAUACUGCGAUGGGUGUCGCUCUGGGCUGAACGAUAUGUAGAUCCCAGCAAGAUUUCAUGGGAUUCCGUGCUCUCAGCACAGGACUAUGGCGCUGAUAAAACAUUCACUCGCCCAGCUUCACCGCUUUCGCCAACGAAAAUAACGAGAGAAAAAAAGAACUCUGCAAUAAGUACUCUAGGGACGAUGGUGUCGAGGACAUCGAAGCGAGUAACGACAUGCUGCUGUAGCUGCCAUUGUGCUUACACCACUUCGGUGCGCUCUUUUACUCUCAAUCCUAUUUUCCACAUUAUCUGAGCUGGCUUACAGAAAAUCUCAAUAGAUUCUGAGCUUAGAGUGAUUCAUGCGCCUU